AGCAUCCAAUGCCAAGCAUUACCGAGGGGAGCUGAGUGGGUACAGCCAGCAGAGCAGCUUUUGUGGUCUCCUCCCGACUCUCAAGAUGAUGAAAAGACAGUUUAAUCGAAUGCGCCAGCAGCUGUCCCAUCCCAACAUCACCAUUAGAGCCCAAGAAGCAACUGAGCUCCUGUCAGAAGAUUUGCUGCAGAUUGAGCAGAGGAUUGAGCCGGCCAAGCGAGCAGCUCACAGUGUGUCCAAGAGGCUCCAAGCCUGCCUGCAGGGACAAUGUGGCUCCGAGAUGGACAAGCGAGUGAAGAAGCUGCCUUUGAUGGCUCUGUCCAUGGCGAUGGCUGAGAGCUUCAAGGAAUUAGACACAGAGUCCAGCCUUGGGAAAGCCCUGGAGAUGGGGUGCUGCAUACAGAGCUCACUGGCCAAAAUUGUCGCUGAGUUUGAGAUUGCCCUGGAGCACUAUGUCCUGCAGCCACUCAACAAGCUCAGUGAGGAGGAGCUCCCCACCAUCCUGAAGCGCAAGAAGACCCUCCAGAAGUUGAUUUCUGACUGGAACACAAUCAAGAGCCGGCUGAACCAAGCUGCCAAGAGUUCCAGUAACAGCACUGGAGCUGGUGCUGGCCCAGGGGCAUCCUCUGCUGCCAACAAACUGGAGAUCUUAAAGGAAGAAGAGGAGGAGGUGAAGAGGAAGGUGGAGCAGUGCAAGGAUGAGUACAUGGCUGACCUCUACCACUUCUCCACCAAAGAGGACAUCUAUGCCAGCUACUUCAUCAAACUAUUGGAAAUCCAAUCCCAGUACCACCGGCAGUCACUGGAAUCUCUGGACUCAGCUCUUGCAGAGCUGAGGGAAAGCCACAGACAGACAGAGCCUUCCUUCACGACAGACACCCCAGUGGCGGGGUACUAUGGAGUGUCCCUAGAGACACACCUCAAGAGCUUAGGCCGGGAGAUUGCGCUUCCCAUCGAAGCCUGUGUCAUGAUGCUGUUGGCUUCUGGCAUGAAGGAGGAGGGGCUCUUCCGGCUGGCAGCGGGUGCCUCAGUGCUGAGGAAGCUGAAGAACAGCUUGGCCAGCGGCUCCAAUGCCCUGGAGGAGUUUUACUCCGACCCCCAUGCUGUGGCUGGUGCACUGAAAUCCUACCUGCGGGAGCUGCCCCAGCCUUUGAUGACCUUCGAACUCUAUGACGAAUGGGUCAAAGUGGCCAGCUUAAAGGACACUGACAGCCGCGUACAGAGCCUGAGAGACACCUGCAGCCGCCUGCCCCAGGACAGCUACAACAAUCUGAGGUAUCUGAUCAAGUUUUUAGCCAAGCUGGCUGAACACCAGGAAGUGAAUAAAAUGACCCCCAGCAACAUUGCCAUUGUGCUGGGCCCAAACCUGCUGUGGUCACAGCAGAGCACAGGAGAUCCCAUGCAACUGGACUUGGCCUCAGUCUCCUCCAUCCAGGCUGUGGUAGAAGCCCUCAUCCAGAAUGUGGACACUCUCUUCCCUGGAGAGUUAGAUUUCAAUGUCUCAGGCAUGUUCAUGCCACCCACCAACACCGGACUUUGCAAGGCUGCCCCAGUGGAAGAGCCAACUCCUGCGACCCCUCCAGCCAGCACCCCCACCCUUUUGGAUGGAGAGGCCACCUCCAGGGACCCUGAGGCCAAGUCCCAGCCGGCAUCCCCAGCACUGCCCAGGUCACCUCCUGAAGCUGCAGGGCCACCAGCUCUGACGAUGACUGACACCACCACCCACAAAGGCAAACGCCCAGCUCCGGCCCGACCCACAAUGCCACCACCGCCUGUGACGCAGCCUCGGAGCACAGCUCCUGCCCAGGCAGCCAGCCCCAAAGCCCUGCCACGUCGGAUGCCCAGCCGAGCCCCCUGCAUCCCACCGCCGCUCCCUCCACAGCCAGCACCCCGCCACAGCCGAGAUGCCCCACCAUCCCCCAAGCCUUCCACUGGUGAGGCUGACACAGUGGCUGCCAUGGACUGUGUGCCAGGAACCACAGAGGAGGGGCAGCCACUGCCAGCAGGAGGAAGCCCCCUGCCCACAUCGGCCCCAGAAGGACAGCCCACAGAGAACUGAACAGGGUGAAGGGUAUGGGGGAAUCACAGGUCAGGGAGAUUGGAUCCAGCACCACUCUGGGACCCAGCAGGUGCUGUGGAAAUGCAGGCCUCAGGGACAGCAUCUCUUAGUCCUCCUCCUCCUUGUUCCCUUGGCUCACACCACCUGGCACGCUUUGCUUACCUUCUCUCGCUCUCCUGUCUCCACCUCCCCACACCACCACGUCCCUGCUGGAGCCCAGCCACCAGU